UUGUCAAAAACAUUACAGGAUUUUCUCCAUAUAAUGGACUUCAAUGGACUCCCAACAGUUUCAAGGUCCAAAUGACUGUCUCAGUUCAGCUUCAGAGGACUUUAAAUGCUAUCAGACGAUCAAAAGCUACAGCAGGCAGUGGUUUGAGUGAGAACUCUUGUCCAGGCUUACACACACACACACACACACCUAUGAUUAUUUACGUGAUUAUGUGUUUUGUUCUUAUUUGGUUUACUGACUAUUUUAUUUUCUGACUAAUUAUGUUUUAAUGAAACUGUUGGCUGAUAAUAAAUCACAGUUUACAUUGAAGUCCAACUUAAUUUACCAAGAUCCGCUCACUUAAAAGUUUGCCACCUUGCCACUGCUGUAGAUAUCUAUUCAUGUAUUAUUUAAAAGAAAACCCUACAAUUAGGCUGCAAUUACAUGAGAUGGGAGACAUGUAAAAACAAUACUGUAGCUGUAAUCGAGUAAAGGUGAAUCUAUUGUUGCAUCCAUAUAUUUAUAUGUAUUAUUACUGAGCAUUAUUAAUUAAUAUAAAAGUGGAUUUGGUCCACAACAGUGCGGAGAUGUGAUUUACUGAAUGCGGCCCCUUUAAGAAAUAUGACACCGCGCGGACUGAGCAUGCGCAGAACAGAGAGAAGCGCGAGAGCUUGUGUUUUCUUUCUUUCCUUUGACGCUAUCGCUAUUAUGAAUAAAACAGUCGAACACGUUGUGAUCCCCUGUAAGUGUAUAUUAUGUUAAAGUUCUUGAUAAUGCAAUAAAAAAGAGAGAAGCGCGAGAGACACGAGACAAGAGUGAUGACACUUUAACCAGUUGAAGCUGAAAGUGACGCUGUUAUCGAUCAUGAAUGAAGAGCAAAUGUGGAAUAUUUUCUUCUUCGGAUGCGCAUAUUUCCAGUCUGCAGAACAAUUCACCAUCUGGUCCUGUCAGUAUCACACAGUGAUCACAGUUCACACCUGCAGUGAAGCCCCUCCCACAACAAUUCACCAAUAAAUACUGGGAAUAUUCCCAUCAUCCUACAAGAAAAGGACAAACUCCAGGAGUAGCAGCUGAAAUCUGUGUGACUGUUAAAGAUGGAGUUUAUUAAAGUGAAAAUUGAAGACAUGACUGACCCAGAACCAUCCAGAAUAAAACAUGAAGAUACUGAGGAACAAAUAGACGAGAUGGAAGUGACGGAGCGAAGACGGAAACUAAAUGACGUGAAGAAACACUACGAUUUCAAAACUCAAGAAACAAAAGCCAAUAAGCUGCACUCCUGCUCUCAGUGUGGAAAGAGUUUCCAAAAUCAACGAAACCUGAACAGACACACAAGAAUUCACACCGGAGAGAAACCGUAUACAUGCACUCAGUGUGGAAAGAGUUUCAAGAAUAAAGAAUACCUUAAGAUACACAUGAGAAUUCACACUGGAGAGAAACCGUAUACAUGCACUCAGUGUGGAAAGACUUUUACUCAAGCAUCAACUCUCAGUUAUCAUCUGCACAUUCACUCUGUAGAAAAAACAUUUAAGUGUGAUCAGUGCGGUAAAGGUUUUAAUUUGUCAUCAAAUCUUAAAAAACACCUGAUUGUUCAUUCAGAUGUGAAGCCUUAUGUGUGUUCUCUCUGUGGAAAGAGUUUUUCACGACUAUACAGUUUUAAACUGCACCAGAAAACACACAAUGAAGUGAGAGAUCAUGUGUGUUGUGACUGUGGGAAAAGCUUUGCUACAUCUGGUGAACUGAAUCGGCACCAAAGAAUUCACACUGGAGAAAAACCUUACAAGUGCUCAUACUGUGACAAGAGUUUCACUCAGUUGGGAACACUGAAUUUACAUGCACGACUUCAUACUGGAGAAAAACCUUACAAGUGCUCAUAUUGUGACAAGAAAUUCGCUCAGUCUGGAAACCUGAAACUACAUGAGCGAGUUCACACUGGAGAGAAGCCGUAUCACUGUACUACGUGUGAAAAGAGUUUUAAACGUUUAUCAAGCCUUCACGCUCAUAUGAAAAAAUGUUUUAAGUGAUCAGCAUUCAUUUUCAUGUCAAAUACAUUAAAGUACACUAAGAUAAAAUAUUGAGUAUUUCAUCAGAGCACAUAAUUAAUAAUUUGGUGAAAUGCUUGGGUGACUAGAAAUAUUUGAAGGGUUAGUUAAUUCAGCCAAAAAUGAAAAUGCUGACCCUCAUUUACUGACCAUCAUGUCGUUCCAAACCUGUAAGACUUUCGUUCA